GUGCGAGCUGCCCUCCACCCAUCCUCACACUUCACCAUGUUCAGCGCGGUUGCUGCUCGAUACCCACUCGUCGCUUCGCGUGCUCCGUCAUUGAUCAUCUUUGUCGGCGCCCAGACCGCGUUAUGGACAUGGGUCGCAUCUCGAACCAACGUAGAAAGUGUUGUCAAAAAUGCCCCUCCAUCACAUAUACCCAAGGGUUACAUUGGCAAAGCCCGCUUUCAAAGCCCCCAGCUUGCCCACGCAUCAUAG